CGCUGGCUGCUCAGAAGCGGUGCGAUCAUGGCGGAGCGCGGUCAGCAGCCUCCCGCAAAACGGCUCUGCUGCAGACCAGGCUUCGGCUCGGCUUGCAGGCCGGGCCAGCGGGCGGCAGGUGGAGGGGCCCAGUGCGGGGCUAGCGGCUCGGCUCAUGGUCUGUCCGGGAAGACACAGAACCCGGAAUCGCUCCUGGACAUCGCGGCCCGCAAGGUGGCAGAGAAGUGGCCCUUCCAGAGGGUGGAGGAGCGCUUCGAGAGGAUCCCCGAGCCCGUGCAGCGCCGCAUCGUCUACUGGUCCUUCCCCCGCAGCGAGAGGGAGAUCUGCAUGUACUCGUCCUUUAACACGGGGGGAGAGGACGGGGCCGCCCCCGGGGGGGUGAACACUGCCCCGGGGGGCACCGCGGCCACGGGGGCGGCCUCAGUAGCGGCUACGGCGGCUGUAGCUGCGGUGGCAGCGGCGGUGGCAGGCGCUGGAGGAGAGAGCAGCGACGAGAACAGACUCCCCUUCCGCCGGGGCAUCGCUCUUCUGGAGGGCGGCUGCGUGGACAAUGUCCUGCAAGUGGGUUUUCAUUUGAGCGGCACAGUGACUGAGCCAGCGACGCAGUCUGAACCGGAAUCCGUUUGCAAUGUAGCCAUCAGCUUCGACCGUUGCAAGAUUACCUCAGUGACCUGCAGCUGUGGGAACAAGGACAUCUUCUAUUGCGCGCACGUGGUGGCGCUGUCUUUAUACCGUAUCCGUAAGCCAGAUCAGGUCAAGCUUCAUCUUCCUAUUUCAGAGACCCUCUUUCAAAUGAACAGAGACCAGCUGCAGAAAUUUGUACAGUAUUUGAUUACAGUUCACCACACGGAGGUCUUGCCGACCGCUCAGAAACUAGCAGAUGAAAUUCUGUCCCAGAACUCUGAAAUCAAUCAAGUACAUGGUGCUCCAGACCCGACAGCCGGCGCCAGUAUAGACGAUGAGAAUUGCUGGCAUUUGGAUGAAGAACAGGUCCAGGAACAGGUCAAGCUCUUCCUCUCCCAGGGUGGUUACCAUGGAUCAGGAAAGCAACUCAACUUGCUUUUUGCCAAGGUACGGGAGAUGUUAAAAAUGAGGGACUCCAAUGGAGCACGUAUGCUGACCUUAAUAACGGAGCAGUUCAUGGCGGAUCCCCGUCUUUCCCUGUGGAGACAACAAGGCACUGCGAUGACUGACAAGUACAGGCAGCUCUGGGAUGAGCUAGGUGCCCUAUGGAUGUGCAUAGUCUUAAAUCCCCACUGCAAGCCGGAGCAGAAGGCCAGUUGGCUGAAGCAGCUGAAGAAGUGGAACAGCGUGGACGUCUGUCCCUGGGAAGAUGGCAACCACGGAAAUGAGCUGCCGAAUUUAACCAAUGCAUUGCCUCAGGCUGGAAAUGCCAACCAAGAUUUAUCACACCGCCCUCAUCGAACAGUGUUCACACGAGCCAUCGAGGCUUGCGAUCUCCACUGGCAGGACAGCCACUUACAGCACAUUAUCAGCAGUGACCUUUAUACCAACUACUGUUACCAUGACGACACUGAAACCUCCCUCUUUGACUCUCGUGGGUGGCCCCUCUGGCACGAGCACGUCCCCACAGCGUGUGCGCGGGUGGACGCGCUGAGGUCACAUGGCUACCCUCGGGAGGCCCUCCGACUAGCGAUAGCCAUUGUCAACACCCUCAGAAGACAGCAGCAGAAAAGAAUGGAUAUGUUCCGGCUGCAGAAGAAAGAACUUGUACAUAAAGGUGUCACUUCCAUCACCAAUCUGGAAGGCUGGGUAGGGCAUCCUUUGGAUCCAAUUGGUACGCUCUUCAGCAGUCUUAUGGAGGCCUGCAGAGUGGACGAUGAAGGGUUUCAUGGCUUUCCAGACUUUGCAGAUGGCUUUGGGCAUUGUAAAUCUCUGGAAUACCAACACCUGUCUCCCCACAAGUUCCUUGAAGAAGGCGAGUCUUACCUAACACUGGCGGUGGAGGUAGCACUGAUAGGACUGGGGCAGCAGCGAAUAAUGCCAGAUGGCUUGUAUGCACAGGAGAAGGUCUGCCGCAACGAAGAGCAACUCAUCGCUAAACUGCAAGAGAUCGAGCUGGAUGAUACGCUGGUGAAGAUCUUCAGAAAACAAGCAGUCUUCCUGUUAGAAGCUGGGCCGUACAGUGGUUUGGGUGAAAUCAUCCAUCGAGAGAGUAUUCCAAUGCACACAUUUGCCAAGUAUCUUUUCACCUCCCUCCUACCUCACGAUGCUGAACUGGCAUACAAGAUUGCACUGCGAGCAAUGAGGUUGCUUGUGUUGGAAUCCACGGCUCCCACCGGAGACAUGUCCCGGCCGCACCACAUCGCCUCAGUUGUUCCUAACCGUUAUCCCCGUUGGUUCACCCUGAGUCAUAUUGAGUCACAACAGUGUGAGCUGGCAUCUACGAUGCUGACCGCAGCCAAAGGUGAUGUUAGGAGACUGGAAACAGUGUUAGAAUCCAUCCAGAAAAAUAUUCACUCCUCAUCGCACAUAUUUAAACUAGCACAAGAUGCAUUUAAAAUAGCAACGUUAAUGGACAGCUUACCAGAUAUAACGCUGCUGAAAGUAUCCUUGGAGCUGGGCCUUCAGGUAAUGCGUAUGACGUUAUCCACUUUAAAUUGGCGGCGGCGGGAAAUGGUCCGAUGGCUGGUAACAUGUGCAACUGAAGUAGGUGUUUAUGCACUCGACAGCAUCAUGCAGAGCUGGUUCACCCUCUUCACGCCAACGGAGGCCACCAGCAUCGUUGCCACCACAGUGAUGUCUAACAGCACCAUUGUCCGUUUGCAUCUGGACUGCCAUCAACAGGAAAAGCUGGCCGGCAGUGCUAGGACGCUUGCGCUCCAGUGUGCUAUGAAGGACCCUCAAAACUGUGCCCUGUCAGCACUUACCUUAUGUGAAAAGGAUCACAUAGCUUUUGAGACUGCAUACCAAAUUGUCCUGGAUGCUGCUGCGACUGGCAUGAGCUACACCCAGCUUUUUACGAUAGCACGGUACAUGGAACACCGUGGUUACCCCAUGAGGGCGUACAAACUGGCGACCUUGGCCAUGACGCAUCUUAACCUGAGUUACAACCAGGAUACACACCCUGCCAUUAAUGACGUUUUGUGGGCAUGUGCGCUCAGCCACUCUCUUGGGAAAAACGAGUUAGCGGCGAUAAUACCUCUUGUGGUCACAAGUGUCAAAUGUGCAACAGUACUUUCAGACAUUUUGCGCAGGUGCACUUUGACCACCCCUGGGAUGGUGGGACUUCAUGGACGGAGGAACUCUGGCAAGCUUAUGUCACUGGACAAAUCCCCUUUGAGACAGCUCUUGGAUGCCACGAUUGGGGCCUAUAUAAACACAACACAUUCGCGGCUCACACACAUCAGUCCUCGACACUACAGUGAAUUUAUAGAGUUUCUUAGCAAGGCCCGAGAGACCUUCUUAAUGGCUCACGACGGACACAUUCAGUUUACACAGUUCAUUGACAACCUAAAACAAAUCUACAAAGGAAAAAAGAAACUGAUGAUGCUGGUCCGUGAGCGCUUUGGUUGACCACGAGUGAAUGGGGUGGGGGUGGGGGGGGGGGAGAGAGAAGGUUUGUUUUUACUUGAGCCUGCAUUUUUAUCCUUUUUAACUUAAGAAAAAAAAAUUGUCAAAAUUACACAAAAAAAGAGCCACACCGGUAUUAUGUGUAUAGGUAAACUGAGUUUGCAAAACUAAAUUGUCAUGUUGUGAAAGUUUGUUUUUUUUUAUAUUCUUUUUUUUUUUUUUUUCCAUUUUAAAAUAUUUUUUAUUUCAAUUAUCUGUGUGUAUGAGAGGUUUAAGGUUUGGUUUACACUGAGUAUAUGUUGUCGAGUGGCAAAAGCCCACAUAGCUCUCCUGUUUCUGUAUUCGUUCGCAGCCUCAAAGAAAAACGCAAACGGCUUUAAGAGAGACAGAAAAUCUUGAAGAAAAAAAAAAAUACCAAACAUAAAAAAAAAAAUCCUUAAACCCUUCGUCCCGUGACAAGUACCUCGAAUGGAUCCAGCUUUACUCCUCUAUCAUUCUUACAUUUCAACAUACUUAACCACAGAAUCCCCAAAAAUACAACAAUACUAGUAGAUAUGAGAAAAUACGAGAAAAAAAACGAAAUAUUAAAUUAAGGCUGACUUUGCAACGCAGUUCAUCUAAAAGCAUGGCACCACAAGCAUGUGGAAACUUAGCGACUGUCAACAUACAUUCUCAGGGAUUAUCACGAUAAAAAGAAUGAGAGCAUUUAUUGUACUGUAUAUAUAUAUUAUAGUAUAUGUCUGAAUAUUGAAAACAAAGUAUAACAUUAACUAAUUUAUAAAGAAUAUUCUAUGUAAUGCAAAAUACUUGAAGCUGCAGUAGCUUGGUUUGAAACAGACUAAACACGGGAGGAAAACAUAUCCAAGUGAGACAUGGGCCUCGCUUCAGUGUUGGCUUCGGUGGUGAUCAUUACAUGCUGGGCAUCUAUGCAGAGCCACCUUGAUUCACUGCAUGGCUGGGCUGAUUCUGGUUGGAAAAUACACUUUUUUAUUUUUCUUCUUCUUUUAGGUUUAUUUUUUAUUUUAUUUUUUUACUCUGGAUUUAUAAAUUCCUAGGAAUAUUUUACCUUACUAUGCGCCUGGUCGGUUGAUUUACAAAGAACGAUAUAGCCAGAGCCGCGAGCCUUAGCAUCCGUCGUAGAAUCUGCCACAAAAAGGGAUUUAGGGCGCAGAGAGAUCUUCCAAGAGACACUUCAACACACAAAUGCAUUCAAAAAUAGAUGUUCAUCCAUGACGUCUUGGCAGCGAGCUAACAAUAAGCUAACCUGUUGUGCACCAUUAUUAUACACGUGUCUGCAUAGGUAUUUUGACUUUGUGCAGGACAGAAAGUUGUGUAGGUAUGACUGUUCAAACGUGUUCAGAUUAUUUUUUAUUUUUUGGGCCUCUAGAUUUAUUCAGACAAAAACAGCCUUCUAUCUUGCCUUGUCUUAAUGCUUUAAAAUAACCAAACUGGAGAUCUAACUACCAAACUUGUUCAUUAUAAUUAAAAAAACUAAAAAAAAACUUAAAAAAAUACAAUUUAUUGGUUCCAAUAUCGUGUCUUUAAUUUUAGCCGAAUGGUUCCGUAUCCUUGUGCUUUCUGAAUCCGUUUUUUAUUUGAAUUUUUUUUGUUUUGUUUUUGGUGCAAAAGUUGUCUAGUGUCUCUGGUUCCCUUCAUUAGAGAACAUGCUUUAGGUAUGUUUGUAAGUAUUUUUGUUUAGGAAAAAAAAAACUUUCAUGCUCUUCAUUUUAUUUAUUAUACUAGAUAAAAAGGUUGUACUUCAUCACCCCAUGUAAACAUGCUCAUGAAGUUGAAAGUAAUUAAGAUUUGAUACACUGAUAUCAAUUUAUUUAUGUAACUAAAUCACUGUUUUAUAAACUUGUUAAUGAUCAACAAUUUCUUUUUUUUUUUUUUUUCUUUUUUGUUUUGAUUAAAAUUAGUUUUUUGAAAGUGGA